AUGGCUACCUCUAGAGUCGGCGAAAAGAGGACGGAGAUGCCUUACGUGCGCCUCGGGAAGUCUGGCUUGAAAGUAUCAAAAAUCAUAUUGGGAUGCAUGUCGUAUGGGACUCCGGAAUGGCAAUCCUGGGUGCUUGACGAAGAAGAAGGACUGAAGCAGAUUAAAGCUGCAUACGAUGAUGGCAUCCAGACGUUCGAUACGGCCAAUGUAUAUUCGAAUGGCGUUUCUGAGAUAAUCCUCGGAAAGGCUAUCAAGAAGUUUAAUCUGCCGCGAGACGAGAUCGUCGUAAUGACCAAGGUCUUCGGAAUUGUAUCCCGCACACAGGGCGAAAACUAUUUUCAAGGUGCCGAUCCAGAUCAGUUUGGAUACGUAAAUCAGUUUGGACUAAGCAGAAAGCACAUCUUCAACUCGGUUAAACACAGUUUGGAGCGUCUUCAGCUUGACUAUAUUGAUGUACUGCAAUGCCACCGAUUCGAUGAGAAUACACCAAUUGAAGAGACGAUGCAAGCCCUCCAUGACGUCGUUAAGGCAGGACAUGUACGUUAUAUCGGCAUGUCUUCUUGUUUUGCCUGGCAGUUCUAUGCUAUGCAAAGUUAUGCAUUAACACAUAACCUUACGCCAUUCAUUUCCAUGCAAAAUCACUACUCGCUAGUUUACAGAGAGGAAGAACGCGAGAUGAUGCCGCUCUGCAAGCACCUUGGUGUCGGGUCCAUUCCAUGGUCCCCACUCGCUCGGGGCUUCCUCACACGUCCUGUUGGCGAGCAAUCCAAGAGAAGUAAAACAGAUAUGUGGUUCAAUCUUUACGAUCCAUACGAGAGUAACCAUAAGGUAAACGAACGCGUCGAAGACCUAGCGAAGAAGAAAGGCAAAACGAUGGCACAGAUUGCUUUGGCGUGGGUCAUGAACAAGAGCCCAGUCUCAGCACCAAUCGUUGGUACGACAAGCAUGCAAAAUCUGAAGGAAUUGGUUGAAGCGGUAAAUAUCAAGCUGACAAAAGAAGAAAUGAAGUAUUUGGAGGAGCCGUAUCAACCGUUGCCCAUUAUGGGGAUUGCGGUCAGCAAGUCAGAUGACGAUGAUUAG